AUGGAGGGUCUCUUCUUUAACGUUAACAGCGGCUAUGUUGAGGGCAUUGUCCGAGGGUAUCGGAACAGCCUCCUCACCAGCCAGCACUACAACAACCUGACCCAAUGCGAAACUAUAGAUGUACUGGCUGCAGAUGUCAAACUCCAGCUCGCCCCCGCAUAUGGGGACUUCCUCGCCGCGCUUCCUCCCAACCCCUCUACCUCAGCCCUUGCCGGCAAGAUGACGGAUAAGCUGGUCGCUGAAUUCCGCUAUGUACUCACCCAAGCCACAGGGUCGACGGCCAGAUUUCUCGAGUACUUGACUUACGGCUAUAUGAUCGAUAAUAUUGCUCUUCUUAUUACCGGUACUUUACAUGAACGUGAUACCCGUGAGCUUCUGGAGCGAUGCCACCCCUUGGGCUGGUUCGAGACCUUGCCCGUACUGUGUGUGGCCACGAAUAUCGAGGAACUUUAUAACUCUGUCUUGAUUGAAACACCGUUGGCCGGCUACUUCAAGGGCAGCCUCAGCCACCAGGAUCUGGACGAAUUGAACAUCGAGAUCGUGCGCAACACCCUCUACAAAAACUACCUCGAGGACUUUUACCAGUUCGUGAACACGCACCCAGAUUUCAAGGGCACACCUACACAAGAGGUCAUGUCUGAACUUCUAGAGUUCGAGGCAGAUCGCCGUGCGAUCAAUAUCACCUUGAACUCGUUUGGCACAGAGCUUUCGAAGCAGGAACGGAGAAAGCUGUACCCGGAGUUCGGUAAACUCUACCCUGAGGGCUCAUUGAUGCUUUCACGGGCUGAAGAUCUGGAGUCCGUGUCGCUUGCUGUCAGCAUAUCGGCUGACUACAAGGCCUUCUUUGAUGCUGUGGGCAUUACCCAGGGUGCAGGCUUCGGUGGUGGUUCGGAUGGAAAGAGUCUCGAGGACAUGUUCUACCAAAAGGAAAUGGAAAUGUCAAAGGUCGUCUUCACCCGGCAGUUUACCCCGGCGGUAGUGUAUGCAUGGAUGAGGUUGAAAGAGCAGGAAAUCCGAAAUGUUACGUGGAUCGCGGAGUGCAUUGCGCAGCACCAGAAAGAGCGGAUUGGCAACUUCAUCUCUGUCUUCUAA